AUGUCUGACCAUAUCAUCAAAACUCUUCGCUUUGAAGGUAAAGCCGAGGGAUGGUUUGACCCGCCCCCGCAGCCCCUCAAUGUCCAGCGCGAAUAUCUUUUCUCCGCAGUGCGCAUGACUAUAACCGGAGCCGCCGACAAACGAAAUCAUGACAUUCGUGUGUCCUUGACUUCUAAGCCAAACGACGACCAUGUCAACGGCAUCUUCGCCGUAGUGCCCGACAAGGAGCCGUCCACCAAGGGAGCCUGGAGCCUCUCGCGUCUGCUUCCUGAUUCGGCGUACAACGUUCAUUUCUCUGCCGGAGGAUUUUCAGACGACGAGCAUGUUUUGAUCAUAGUCGAGCUUCUCAAGCUGGACUCAACUGUCGCAGCCGUCACUCGCAACAUUCUUAGAGAUACCGAGGCUGGUGACAAUAGUGUGAAUGCACUCACGUUUGGGUUCUCUGAGGCGUCCUUUGCACAUCUUAUGGUACCCCCGAGUAGCUUGCCUGAGGUGGAGGUUGGUCCAGUACCGUUCCUCAAGGUCAGGCUGAGCAUGGAAUCGCUGGAGUUUCCGUGGUACCCCAUGGUAUACAUUGAUGUAGCCGCCGAGGAGCUCGUCAUCGCAGGUAAUCUGCAGCUCGCCUUCUAUCGCACUACGGAUCCGGCACAAUUUCCUGAACCCGUCGCCGUGGUUCUGGUUCAGGUGUCAGUCCGGUGUAGGCCAGCCAUGGCCACGAUGACUGAAGAGAUCCUGGAGCUACACUUUGUGUGCGCUAAACUAUUAGGUUCGAUCUCUGUCAAUGUUAGGGAUCCAAGCGCGGAGACUGGCGUGGCUGGUGGCUUCGGGAGUGUCGUCGAGUUUGAGAAGAGUGUCAACGACUACAUCACCCAGAUCACCAGUAAAUCGGGGGAAUUGGGCUUCGCGCUGCCGGCAUACCUUGAGUCGCGCCCGCUGCCAGACUACUGGCACCGAGUGCUGAACAUGAGGCUGGAGUUUCUGAGAUUUCAGUACAAGACGGUCCAAGUUCACGGCCGGCCUAUCUCAUAUCUGUUUCUUGUCUUUUCUAUGAGCAGCCUGAACCUUCCGCCGCCCUGUUAUUGCGAGCAACCAUCUCUGACACAGGCGGCGUCGGAAACAGACGAUAGCUCUAUGCCGACUGUCUUCGAGGCUCUCCAGCAGCAAGCAAAGUACGGACGGUUACUGCCGAAGAAGUGGAGCAAGACAGUCACGGAGAACCGCACCGACUAUACGGAUAUUCUAGGCGCGGCGCAGGUCGCAGCCUUUGGGAUGAGCCAGAAGGCGUUCCGGGAGAUUGCGAAGCUGUACGCUAAUUUCGGUAGCGACCAAAGCUCGUCAACAUCAGCCGACGGGGCUAUAUAUGCCUCGGUGCGCUUCUGGUACAGGGUGUCGCUCGAUACGGCAAAGAUACGAGAGGACGGUAUUGAGGCUGUCAUCGACCUUGCAGGCGAGGGGUCCGCUAAGGCCGCUGUGAGGGACCGCUGCGGGCACGACGUGCUUCGUGCGAGCGUGAGCCUACGUCUCACGCUUCAGAACAACUCUAUCACCUGGCGGCCCUACAUUAGUGUCAAUAACACAGACCCCGCGGAGAUGACCAUCGCUGCUGUCGCCGAUGCGCGAGUGGGCGACCCUGAUGUUGACUUUGACUUUGUCGGAGGACCGCCGGCGCCGGUGGACCAGGUCAUCGACUGGGUCCUCACGCAGCUUACCGAGGGCACCAAGAAUAGCCUGGGGAAGAUAGCAUCCGACCAGUUGACUAUCCGCCUCGUCCGUACCCUUGAAGACAACGGCAAAAUUCGGCUCCGGUUCGCCGCCAACGAGUUCUUUGAGGAUGAGGCUUUUGUGCUCCUAGGACAACUGUGGUCCCAGAAUUGGCGAUAG